AUGGCUGUGAUCUGCGAUGUGAAUUUGUUGCUGGCUGUAAACAUUAAUAAAACAUUAAUAAAAGCUGGACUAGAAAUCAAUUUACAAAAUAAACUCGGUGAAACUCCAUUAUAUCUAGCUACCAAGUACAGAAAUGGGUGUGCUGUGAAAAUACUGUUAAAUACAAAUGGCUGUGAUGUGAAUUUAUCUGACAAGGAAGGGAUCACACCACUUCUUUUGGCAGCAGAACAAAAUGAUGUCGAAAUCUUCAAACUUCUACACCAUCAUGGCGCUACUCUCAAUAAGAAGAAUGGCUGCGAAAAGUCACCACUACACCUAGCAAUACAAAACGGCAAUACGAAUAUUGUUGAUAUUCUAUUGUAUAAUCAUGGCUGUGAUGUAAAUUUGUCAGACGAAAAAGGAAUCACACCCUUGUUGCUUGCAGUAGAACAAAAUGAGAACGGAAUCGCCAAACUUCUACACCAACAUGGCACUGAUGUCAAUAAGCAAAAUAGCCGAGGAAUGUCACCGCUACACCUGGCAAUACAAAAUGGCAAUGCAAAUAUUGUUGAUAUUCUAUUAAAUGAUCAUGGCUGUGAUGUAAAUUUGUCAGAUGAAAAUGGUAUCACACCAUUGAUGUUUGCUGUAGACAUCCGAAACACAGAACUCAUCAAACGUCUGCUUGAACAUGGAGUUGACGUCAAUAAACAAGAUAACGGCGGUAGAUCAGCCAUUUCUUACUGCUUCCAUAACCAUGGUCUUUCCCACCGUUCUUUCUUCUGGGAUAAUUGGGAAACCAUCGAUAUAAUGAAGUUGCUGGAGAGUUUUGCUGGUCCUUUAUAA